UACUUAAUGAAUCACUAAUUAACCUCCCUCGUACUUAAUCAAAUCACUAACUAAUUAACCUCCCUCGUCACCGGCGGCGCCGCCUCAUCGCUAUGUUGCUGACGAUGAUGAUCAACACUAAAUCCUUUAUCAUCAUCAUCAUUUUCUUCUUCUUCUUCUUCUUCUUCAUCAUCUUGACUCUUAAGAUCAUCUUCUCUCACCUCCUCCAUCGCCGCCGCCGGCGGAACAUGAUCAUCCGGCCGCCGCCGCGGCGGAGUAUCGAGAUGGCCGUCGUGGCCGCCGUGUCCCAAGACCCGGCCGCCGGAGCACAUCCUUCCGAUCAGACCGGCUACGACUCCCAGCACCGCGAUGAUCGCCACCGCCGCGAUCACCCCUCCCACCGACCCGUGCCGGAUAUAGGACUGCUGCUGCUGCUGGGAAGCCGCCGUUUCUUCCGCGGCGAUCGGCGGCGGUGGAAGAAGUUGUUGUUGUUGUUGGUAUAGAGGCGUGG